AUAACCUUAAUUAUAUCAAUCAGCUGGUUAUUAGAAACAGUGCUACCAUUAAAAACUAUUUUUUUUAAUAUAACAUCGGAUUCACAUCCACGUCUGCAAGGAUUACUAAGAUCAACAUUUUCAUCUUUUAAACUUCAAUAAAUAGAAAGGUCUCAUUUUGGGUUUUCGGAUGCGUGAUGUUUUUAAAAGUUUGACUAAUUCUCAGAAAUAUUGAAUUUUUUUUACAUGUAAAAUAUACUGGCAUCUCGUGAUUACAGCUGAUUCUGAUGAAAAAAUAGAAAAAAAAUUUUCGCUAAAUCCUGUAAAAACUAUUGUAAUACCAUGAAAUAAGGAUUUUCUGAAUUCCAAACAUGCGAUUUCCCUCAAAUAAAACAUUAGGAAAAAUUGUUGUUUAUGGAGCAUUUGCAUCCAUUACGGGUGUAAUGUACAUGCGUUACAGAAUUGAAGAUAGCGUUAGGAACUCUGAAUAUUUCCGGAUAGCAUUAAAAACCCUAAGACAACACAAGGGUGCAUCGAGUUUGCUUGGAGAACCAAUUAAAGAGCUUGGAUUCGAUUUAGGCGACAGUAGCAAUUUUUCUGACGGACAAAGUGCCCAGUUUAUGGUUAAUGUAAAAGGUGUUAAAGAUAAAGGUAAAAUGUAUUUUUGGGCGAAUCGGACGCCUGAAUCCGGGUGGUUCAUUGAUCGCUUAGAAUUAGAGUUGCGCUCCCAACCUGAAAAACGUUUCCUAAUAAAAAAAUCUCAAACAAUGAAAACAACCGUCAACGAUGAACGUAACGAAUGAAAUUGUUCUUCUACUUCAUCACGUUAACGUGAAAUGCACUAGUACAUAAGAUAGAUGCACCUACAUGCACACAUGUUUAGUGAAAAUUGAAUUAAAUGCAAAGUGCAGUAACAAAUUAAAAAAUAUAAUCAUAGUUUUUACAAAUACAACUUGACUGUUUGUGAAAUAUGUAUAUUACAAAUAUAUUUUUAAGCAUAAACUAGUUAGUAUUUUUUGAGUAAAAACCCUUGCAUGUUUGAAGUAAUUUCUGUAACAAAAUAUUAAAUUAUACUAUUCACAUCAUAUGUUUUAUUUGUACUUUACCUUUAUCAAAUCGGCGAUGAAUCAAUGCAUUUGCUCUACAAAAUUUAAAACACGGUAAUUUUAAAAUUAGCUUCAUAUAAAACAUAUGCAGCCUUUUCUGAUUUUCAGUGUAAUAUUUUAUUGGGCAAGUUUUUCACUAAAACAUUGCAAGAAAUAAGAGAGCGACCAACUUUUAUAUAUUUAUGCAUGCAUAUAUUAUAUGUAUGUGUAUGUAUACCGUCAAGGUUAUUGAAUUUGUAUGUAGUCGAAAAGUCCUGAACUUGUUUCAACUAAAUUAGUACCUUAUAAUACAUUACUUCAUUCAUUUUCCGCAUUCAACGACAAAGUCGACAAUGGUGUGUGAAUUACUCUGAAAUACAGCUCUCUAAUGUUACAUUCGUAAUAAUAGCCACCAUUGUAGAUAUAUGUAUAUUUAUUUAUAUAAACUCUUUAGAAUUAUAUAAAGCAAGUGUUUGUUUUAAUAACAUUUUCAUUGCCGAAUUCCACAUUUCAAUUAUGAAAGGAUUUUUUUCUGUUAAAUUAUCCAAAUAGAUGUGAUUAAUAAGAUAACUCAUUUGGGGAGUUUUUGUAAAUUUUAAACUCAGUGAUUUAAAUAUACAAUUUUUAAAACCGUUCACUUUGUAAUUUUAUGGAUAUAAAUAUUUUAUGAAAGCUAUGAGAAGACUGAAUGGGCGAUCCGAAAUUUAAUAAUUUAGUUAUGUCGGUUUUCCUCUCAAAGUUUUCUCCGCCUUCAAUAAAGUCUUAAUAUCUAGCGAA